AUGGAUGAUUGUGUUGAAGCUACUGGUUCAGCAUGGCUUUCAAAAGAAUUGCAACCAUUCAAACAGGGGGCCGAGUCCCGUAUUUAUCGUUGUGUGUAUUUUGGUCGCAAAGCAGUAAUCAAAGAGCGGUUCGCUAAAAAUUACAGACAUCCAUCUCUGCACAUAACACUAACAAAGGAGAGACUAAAAGCUGAAUUGAACGCUUUAAAUAAAUGUAAAACGAUAGGAAUUAAUGUACCAGCUGUCUAUUUUGUAAACACUGAUCAGAAUUAUUUCAUUAUGGAAGAAAUAUAUAGUGCUAUUACUGCUCGUCAAUUUAUCAACUAUUGCAAAUCUCAAAAUAAUUUUGAGCAAUUGGCCACUGAUUUUGGUAUUGAACUUGGCAGAAUUUUAGCUAAACUACAUUUUGCUGGCAUAAUGCAUGGAGAUUUAACAACUUCCAAUAUCCUUCUCAGGAAUGAAAACCCCGCGAUGAUUACUCUCAUUGACUUUGGUCUUGCUGAAAGCAAUGCAACUGUGGAAUGUAAAGGUGUCGAUUUAUAUGUGUUGGAACGAGCUAUUACAAGUACUCAUUCGGAGGCAGAGUUCUUUUUCGAUAGUGUCAUGAAGGGAUAUAAGUUAUUCAAUAAGAAACAGUAUGAUGUGGUUCACAAAAAACUACUGGAAAUCCAGAAACGAGGCAGAAAACGAGAAAUGUUAGGCUGA